UCUCAAUAUUGUUUUUUAUUCUGUUCUCGUGGGGUGUGUCCAUCAGAGCAGCACUGAGCGCUUGUUGGAGUCUGUCCGGAUGUGUAUAUGAUGUCUGAUCACUUGUUCCUCACCAGUGCGCAGCUGGCGCGCAAUGGAUUUAUUGUGGAAAUUGUUCUAUAUCGUAUUUAACCAGUUUCUCUGCUCGCUGAAUGGAUCUGAAUAAAGCGACGAUGAUAUUCGCAACUUUUUGGAUAAUGUUGCCUGUUCUUGAUUUAAUGCACUUCUCAAAGGCAGAUGCGAUCACACAGUCUCGGUCGGUUCGGCUGGACUGCGUUAGGGCGCAUGAACAGUGUUUGGCAAAGUAUGGCUGCAGCACUAAGUACCGAACCAUGAGACAGUGUGUGGCCGGGAGAGCCGGUAACUUCAGCAUGCUGGCUGAACCCGAGGCGCAGGACGAGUGCCGGAACGCCAUAGAGUCCAUGAAGCAAAGUCCUCUAUACGACUGCAAGUGUAGGAGAGGAAUGAAGAAAGAGAAAAACUGUCUGCGCAUCUUCUGGAGUAUAUACCAAAGUUUACAGGCCAAUGACUUGCUAGAGGACUCGCCAUAUGAGCCAGUCAACAGCCGUUUGUCUGAUAUUUUUCGUCUGGCUCCAAUAAUAUCAGGUGAGGCGGCCUUUACGAAGGACAACAACUGCCUGAACGCCGCCAAGGCCUGCAACCUGAAUGACACGUGUAAGAAAUACCGCUCCUUCUACAUCAGCCCUUGUACCAGUAGAGUCUCAACCACUGAGGUGUGUAACAAGCGCAAAUGCCACAAGGCCCUGCGGCAGUUCUUCGACAAGGUGCCACCGAAGCAUAGCUAUGGCAUGCUUUUCUGCUCCUGCCCCACUGGGGAUCACACGGCUUGCUCUGAGCGCAGACGUCAGACCAUCGUGCCAGCCUGCUCCUACGAGGACAAGGACAAACCCAACUGUCUCUCCUUACAAGCCUCCUGCAAGACCAACUACAUCUGCAGAUCUCGUUUAGCUGACUUCCUUACCAACUGUCAACCUGAGGCGCGCUCGAUUUCUGGGUGUCUAAAAGAAAACUAUGCCAACUGUCUGCUGGCAUAUUCAGGUCUUAUUGGUACGGUGAUGACUCCGAACUACCUUCGUGCCCCUGGUAUUAUUAGCGUGUCACCUUGGUGUGACUGCAGCAACAGUGGAAACGGAAAAGCAGAGUGUGACAAGUUCACAGAGUUCUUCACCAACAACCGUUGUCUACGCAAUGCCAUCCAGGCAUUUGGUAAUGGCACAGAUGUUGGUGUGUGGCAACCCCAGCCACCCAUCAUGUCCACUCCACCUGACCCUUACACUCCACAGAGAGGACUGGACAGGACAUCCAAUGCACUGAAUGACCCAGCACUUACCAAUGACCUGGACAGUAAUGCAGACCAUCUCUACAGCUUCUGCGGAAGUCUGCAGGCUCAGAAACUGAAAAGUAAUGUUACUCUGGAUGUUCUUUGUGUGGAUCCGCAGCUGAAUGACCCCAGUAGCUUUAAUGCAAUAGCUCGGAGCUCAACUAGUGCUGCCUGUCUGGUGGACUGGACUGUGCUGCUGCUGUCUCUGGUCUCAGUUCUUCAGUUUGGGCAUCUCACAGCCCCACAGAUAUUAUAGCCGCUCACCGAUCAGACCUGCUGCUGGACUGCUGCUGCCGCCUCUGUACCAUACAAAAAUGUUGUAUUUUGAGUUUUUUCCACAAGUGGUUCUGUGCGCGCUGUGGUGUUUUGGUGUGAUGAAACUAUUCUUGGUCCACUUGCUUUUCUUUGUCACUUAUCGGAGAUAACGGACAAACAUGGACAUAUCUGAACGUCAGUGGAAGGUCAUCUAGGAUUACUUCUGUUGUGAAAAACUUUCUGCAAACAGGUGUCGCCUGGACUCUUAUAUGUGGCAAUUUUUUCUACCAUCACAGCGAGACCUGGUUGAUGAUAGGCACAUGGAGAUGCAAGAACCACUUCUGACAGUGAAAGAUUGACGCAGCUUCUGCAUACUAGGGUGCUGCAGAUGAUAAUUUAUUUUCUCUAGGCUGAUGCCACAGGAAAGCCUGCAAACUCCAGCUUGUACUCAAACAGUGUCAAGCAGUGCACAGAAUUUUUUUUUUGAAGGCUUAUCAGCAAAACCUGCUGCUCCUGUCUCUUAUUGUAGAAUGGACCUACAAACUCCAUUCUCCCUUAAAGUGGCAGUGACUUUUUGCAGUGCUGCAGCUUGGAUGAUACAGUAUGGGAAACGAACAUCUGGAUAGACACGACACUUUAUCAUGUCAAAACACUGGCAGGUUUUUUUUUUUUAAUUCCUUUAAAUUGGUAAAUGUCACAUCUAUUUUAGUUCUCUUCCUCUCCAGCGAAACACCACCAUAAGGAUGAAAGCUUAGCAUCGAUUUGAUUAUUUUGGGAACUUUUGGGACGUGCCAUUCAUCCUGGAUAUUUACUUGUAAAUACCAUCUUUGUUUACAAUUACCAUAUUAUGCUUCUCAAAGUUUCUUUCUAAUCUAGCAAACCUUUUCAGAUGUUGUAUCACCUCUGCUGUGUGAAAUAUGACUUCAGUUUUAGUGAUGAAAUAAGUAACUACGAGGAUUGAUACCACCGUUCAGUAUAUGUCAAAUGUGCUGUAUGUACAUUCAGUGAAAACAGUUUCUUCUGCUCAUCCGAAAGAAGUGCUCUCCAAGUAUCAUUUCUGCAUUGUUGUUGUACUGGUUAGCUGUAAAAAGAAAUAUAAAUAUUUACGUACAUAGAACAGGGCUGUAAGACAUGCAAGAGCAAAGAGAAUCUUACAUUAAACAAACUAAAG